GGAAAAAGAUAGAGAGAGAGAGAAGGGAAGGGGAGGGGAGGGCGGGACGCCGGCCGGAGCACGCAAAAAUCUCGCUCACCUCGUGAAGAGCUGAGAUCAAGGGGGGAGAGAUCGGAGGCGGCCGUAGCGUGGCGGAGAUGGAUCCUGCUAGCGUCAGCGCCAGCGCCAGCGGCGACCCGAUGGCGGAGUGCCCUCCGGCGGCGGCUGCCGCUGAGGGCAGCGACGCCAUGGACUGCGGCGGCGGCGGGCGGAGCAACGCGAGGGUGGCCGGAGUGCUCCGCGGGUUCCUCGCCGUGCAGCAGCGCCGCGCCGAGGCGUACUCCACGCUCCGAAGGGGUUUUUCUGAAUACAUGGCUAAUGGAGGUGAAUUAGCUUUUCAACAACUAUGCGCGAGUGUUACGGCGGAGUUCAAUGAUUGCUCGAAACAAGUUCUCGAAAUGGUAGCCCUCCUAUCAACGCCAGAAAUUUGUCGUGGCGAUCUUGCCAACUUACUGAAGGAUGUGCAGGCACACGAGAAAGAGAAGUUGCAUCUGACGGCAAGAAUUCAGGUGUUGAAGAAAGCUGGUCGUCCUUCGGAACGCCUGGUGAACCAUGCAGAUUGCAGGUCAAGCAAUAUGGCUCAACAUGUCUGUGUGCAUGUCAAAGAGAUAACCGAGGCUGCUGGCACGGAGGAUGCAGAGGCAGAUGCUGAGUAUGAUGGUGCUCUUAAAGAGGCCAUACAAGGUGUUCAAGAGGCAGUGACCAGCAUAAACGAGCACAUGGAGGAGGUGCGCUAUGAGAUUGAUGCCCUUGGGGCAGAAAUAAUUGGUAAUAACUUGGCUGAAGUUGAAGAAGCUUUCCCUGAUACUCUAUUGAUAAAAUAGAAAAGUUGCCUAGGCGCUAAAAGGCAGAGUGAAAACAAACAAUUGGCACAAAUAUUUUGGACUAACAAACAAGCUAUUCGUGUCCCUUUGGGGAUUUAUUAAAAAAAAGGAGAGAGAAGAGAACCGGAAGAUUUGUUUAUGCCAGCAUUGCUUCUUUGGUGUUCUGCUAUUCACUAGAAUUCAGAGGAAUGUGGCAUGCUUUUGGUCCCUUGUUAUUCACUAGAAUUCAAAGGAAUGUGGGAUGCAAUCUUUAUGGGAUCGAUAUUCGAUAGAGAAUGUGAUCUGAAAUUGUUGUGAAUAUUGUUAUACUAAUUUGGUAUACUCAUGCCAAUAAGAUUUUCUAAGGCUCAAGCUAACCCAGGCUUGACCAUUUUGUCUGA